GAAGAGCAUGGAAGGGGGCGGUGGGAUUUAGGGGAGGCGGGAGACUCUGGGAAGGGCUCCCCCCCGCUGACAGACAGGGCUCAGAAGGAGGGCGCCAGCCUGGGGCAGGGCCCUGGUGGUUAACCCCUGAGCUGGCUCGCUCUCAGGACUCCACAGGGCCUGAGCCCAGAGCAGGCCUGUGAGGGGGUGAACCGGAUAAGGCCCCGGGGACUCAGAGAGGGUGAAAGGCCCACUCAGGGUUGCACAGCCAGCGAGGCACAGAGCAGAUCCCAGUGUUCCUCCUGCUGCAACAUCCUUGGGUUGAGGGCAGCAGGCAUGGUGAGACGGCGGCGCUCCUCUGACACCUGGGCUCCUCCGCUCACGCCCAGCUUCUCCCAGGGCCUGAGGGGAGGAUGGCCAGGCCCCUGGAGCAAGCAGUAGCUGCCAUCGUGUGCACCUUCCAGGAGUACGCAGGGCGCUGCGGGGACAAGCACAAGCUCUGCCAGUCGGAGCUCAAGGAGCUGCUGCAGAAGGAGCUGCCCACCUGGACCCCGACCGAGUUUCGGGAGUGUGACUACAACAAAUUCAUGAGCGUCCUGGACACCAACAAAGACUGCGAGGUGGACUUCGCGGAGUACGUGCGCUCGCUGGCCUGCCUCUGUCUCUACUGCCACGAGUACUUCAAAGACUGCCCUCCCCCAGAGCCCCCCUGCUCCCAGUAGCCUGUGCUGUAGUAGGGGGGGGGGAGCGCCCCGGCAGGGCAGGGUCUGCCCCAGGCCGUGCCAUCUCUGCCCCCGGGUGGUCCUGGCUGUGCCUCCCACACCCCCUUCCCUUGGCCCUGUGCCCCCUGCAAUGUGGAAUCGUGCAGAUCAGCCCUGCUGGAGGACCAGGGUGCCCAGCCAGUGAGGCAGCUCCCGCCCUCUUGUCUGUGCAGCGGACGGAGGAGGCGGGGAUGUGCGGUGGGCCCUGGAGGCCCAGCACGGUGCGUGCCAGCAAGACCAGGACGGGAUGGGCCUUUCCGCUCCUAAUAAAGAACUGGUG